UUAGGGAAUAUUUUUGUCUAGUUAGAAGAAGACAAACCAUGGGUGCAUAUUUACACUACAAGAGGCACUUAUGGAGAAGAUAUGAAACAUGUUACACUGGACAAUAAGGAAAUAGUUGUGUAUAACAAGGAAGGAAAAAAAUCUGUGAAAACGUUCAACUGGAUUGAAAAUGAAGGAGUACUCUCAGAUGGCAAUAUAAGGUGCUAUGUACACUCCUUAGAUGCUUUUGCGUAUGCCUACUACAUCUGUGACAUUGAAGGUCCGGCCGGACCUCCUCAGGGAGGAGUCACUAUCGCGUUUGGACCUCCAGGAGGUUUGCCCAAUGAAACUCUUUAUACAGCCUCAGUUAUGAAGAAAGACAUGAAGAAAAUGAAGAUUAAUGUGAACAUUAAAUGUGAUAUCAAUAUCCCUGGUGAUAGAUGGUGCUAAAAAUAUAAAUAAGUGUUUUGCUUAUAAUAUUCGCCAAAUAAUUGUUUCCAGAAUUAACUGUACAGUUGUAUAAGGUAUUCUUAAAUUCAAUUUGUAAAUAACUAUAUAU